AUGAUUCGUCCGCUUGUCGAGAACGUCCCUUCUAUGUUUGUUGCAACAGAUUUUAUCCAAGAGAUGCUUGCUUUACCCGAUAUGAAGAGAAGAAUAUUCGCUGUUUGUCUCAUGGCUGAAGUUGGUCGGAAAUACCGGCUUCCUGAGUCGGCAGUAUCGCUGAACUUGGUAAUUGAUGUUCUGAAUACUCUCUUGAAAUAUACACAAAUGCCAGGAAAUCAUGCUCUUUUCACUGCUAUAACACCUUCUUUGGGACAUAUUAUUCCAGUCUACCCAUCUCUUGCACCGCUGGUAUCAACACUGCUUUUACGAAUUUCGUCGAUAGCACGAUCGCAGUUAGCGAUGAACUGUCUAGAUGCCCGUCCUCGUGGUAGUCAAGAGCGGAAGUUAGCUAACAACAUUGAGCGGAUUCUAAGCUCACGAGUUUUUAUCACGGAGUGA